AUGGCUGAAACCGCAGCAUCAACCGAAACCCCGCCAUGGUGGGCAGCCUUUCCCGCACCCAAGGCCAAGGCGCCCGAAAUCGAGGCAGAAGAGGUCAUGCGGUUGCUUGAGGCUCAAGAUGCGGCUGGUAGAGACGCUCCCCGCCAUUUCCUGCUCGUUGACGUGCGCCGCGACGACUUUGAGGGUGGCACAAUCUCAACGUCCAUCAAUUUCCCCGCCCAGUCCCUCUAUCAGACGAGACCAAUUAUUCAUCAGCUGUGCAAGCAAGCCGGUGUCAAGCGUGUUAUAUUUUACUGCGGGAGCAGUAAUGGACGUGGUCCACGGUCUGCGAAUUGGCUGCAGGACUACUUUGACGACAUUGGCGAAGCUGCUAUCCAGGCUGUCAUCCUCAAAGGCGGCAUCAAGGGAUGGGUGCGCAAGUACGGCAGCCGCAAGAUGGACUGGUACGAUGAGAGAUCGUGGGUCGAUGUCGCAAAAUAG